AUGAAAGUUGCUACACUGUUUUUCUUGGCUUCGAGUGUCUGUGUGCUGGGAGACCCACAGUUCGUGAAACUGGAGGCCUCUGUUCUUCGGGGAUCCACUUACAAGGAUUCCCAGAAGGGGGCCAAGCCGUUCAUGUUGGAAAAGAGGGCUGAUGACGGCUCGGUCACGAUGGAAUUGCAGAACGCCCAGUCUUUCUACCAAGUCGAGAUCGAGAUAGGAUCUGAUAAGCAGAAGGUGGGGGUUUUGAUUGAUACCGGUUCCUCGGACUUGUGGGUGAUGAACUCGAAUAACUCUUACUGUUCGUCUUCCAGCACUAAAAAAUUGAAACGGGACGGACCGGCCGAUGCGCUACAAAAAGGACGCGAUCUUUCCGACCUGUACAAUUUCAACUCUCCAAACGAAGACAACAAUGCAAAAGGAUUCUUGGGUGGCUGGGGAGACUUGACCACAGUAGAGACUGCAACCCAGGAUGAGACACAGACGGCUCUCGCUGCGCAGGCCACCGUGGACUGCUCGCUAUACGGAACGUUCAAUCCUUCAACGUCCAAUUCGUUCCACAACAACGGCACCACAUUUGAGAUUUCGUACGCGGACCGCACUUUUGCCCGUGGAACCUGGGGCUACGAUGAUGUCACUUUCAAUGGUGUCACGGUUAACGAUCUCUCGUUGGCCGUGGCAGAUGAAACAGAUUCUUCGACUGGUGUUUUUGGUAUCGGAUUGAGGGAAUUGGAAACCACAUACUCAGGAGGCGGACCACAGCAUUACAUCUACGACAACUUACCUUUCAAAAUGGUCGACCAGGGACUCAUCAAUAGAGCCGCCUAUUCCGUCUACCUGAACUCAACUGAGUCCAGCACUGCCUCGAUCCUCUUCGGUGCGGUUGACCAAAGCAAAUAUACCGGAAGUCUUGGCUUGCUUCCUAUCAUCAACACGGCUGCUUCCUACGGUUACCAAAAGCCUCUAAGGCUCCAAAUCACCCUGUCUGCCAUUACGGUCAGCGACUCCAGAGGACAGCAAGCAAGCAUUGGUUCAGGAGCUGCUGCUGCACUUCUUGAUACCGGAACGACUUUGACGUAUGCUCCAAGCGAGAUUGUCGAGAAACUUGCUGAAACCCUAGGCUUCGACUACAGCAGCUCUGUCGGGGCCUACGUGGCAAGAUGCAGGGACGUUGAUAGCUACGCUGUCAACUUCGACUUCCAGGGUAAAGUGAUUGAAGCUCCUUUGAGUUCCUUCCUGAUUGCUCUGCAAACCAACUCCGGAGAAGUUUCCUCCUACUGCGCAUUGGGUAUUUUCUCCUCUGGAGACGAAUCCUUCACGCUCGGCGAUACUUUCCUGCGAAACGCCUACUUUGUGGCUGACCUCGAGGGAUAUCAAAUCGCUAUAGCUAACGUGAACCUGAAUCCUGGAGCCGAGCAAAUUGAGGUCAUCUCAGGCAACUCCAUUCCUUCUGCUUCGUCGGUUUCCGAUUACUCCAAUACCUGGGGCGCCUCUGCCACCGCUUUGGACACUGACAGGCCUACUACUCUGGGAUCUGUGACUGCUGUGGGCGAUGAAAGAGUGACCUCGACCAAGAAGGUUUCGAGUGUGAAGACAAGCACUUCGUCCGGGUCCGGGUCCACUUCGGAGUCGUCUACGUCCAGUUCGCAUUCCAGCAAUGGCCCAAGGACAGUAGGCUUUAGUUUGUGUGCCGUUUUGUGCGCAUUCUUGAUUUCUAUACUAGUUGUUUGCUAG